AUGAGCGCAGAGCAGGAGAUGGAGAGCUGCAUCAAGCAUUAUAAGGCUCUGGGGCAGGAGGAAGGCGCCAGGAGCACCUGCCAGGUUUUGCUCUUGGUCCUGGAGAAACUCAAGCAGUUUGCAGGAGGUUCUGUCAAGAGAUGUAGAGAGAAAAACCUGGAGGAGGCUUUCCAGCAGUUGGUGCAAGCGAGCAAAGGACUGCAGGAACUGAGCUGUGAGGAUUCUCGGCCUCUGCUCCGCUGUGUGCUCGCUUGCCAAAUGGAGACGGCGGGCUCCAGCGCUUUCCAUCGACUUGAGAAGAUUGUUGCAAAACUGUCGGAAGGGAACAACGAGUCCUUGGUCACCGAGGAGCUGAAUAGAUGCAUGGCCAGCCUGGCUGAAGAUGAGGAGGCAAUGCCUCCUGGAUCGCUUCAGACAGUGUGCAUGUUUGUCGAGGGGAGUGUGUUGGGACGAUGCUACUGGAGAAACAACCUGGUACCUCUCCUGAGAUGCAUCGCUGCCACGUUUGACAUGAUCCUGCAGGACCAGGUAGCCGGGAAUGAGGAGUGGCGUUACAUCACGGUGAAGGUGUGCCUGCAGCUUUUCAAGUGGAUGCCGGAGGAGAUUUUGCCCCAUGUGUGGGAAGGAACCGAGAACAGCAAAACCCUUCAAAGGAUUUUGAGCUCUCUGCUGCAAAGCAUUGUGGGAAAGAAAAGCUGCAAGGACACUCGGCUGCUGGCUGCUACUGCUGUGAGCAUGCUGGUCAACACAGCACCAGAGCCCCAGAGAGGAGCCAUGGCUGUCCUGGAUCUCUAUCAACUUCUGGACCUCAGUGGUUGCUCUGUUGCGCAGAGACAAGAUGCUAAAGCAGCCGGCCACCAAGGAGAAUGCUGUUUUGGCGCGCUCCGUGUGCCCCGACCUCCUUGGAGCCCAGAUGGACUGGAGAGGGUAGUACUCACCCGGGGCUUGUUAGCCUGUUGCAAGAAGGAAGUCCUGAGCUGCCGGCUGGAUGAUACCACACAAGAGGCUUGUCUGUUGCUGGAUGUCCUGUUCCCAGCUCUUUUGGUACUGAUCGAGGAGCCAGAUUACUACUGCUUCCAAGUGUUUUCUCUAUGGCUUCGACGCGUCCGAGAAAGUCUGGAGGAGAUCUGGGAAGGGAAGAGGAGCCGGGUGCUGGCAGACCAGUCUAGACUUCUCGAGAGACUGACCCAGUUCCUCUGGAACAAUGCGGAGAGCCCGGUGGAAGGGGUGUCUGAUUUCAUCCACAGCUCCUUCCAGCUCCUCCUGGAGAUCUACAGCUUAGAGUGUGAUCGCUUUGAGGACCUGGAGAGACCCCUCUAUGGGCAGUUCCUCCAGAGGGUCAUCCUUAUGCCCUGGCAGGCCAGAGCCCGGUAUUUUCCUCUCAUUUCGGUUCUGCCCUACCUGGGUCCUGAAAAGGUUCUGGAUGCUUACAAAGAUCUCCCGCAGCACCUCUUGAACUGCCUGUCGACCAACCACUUGUGCCCUGUCGCCUCCGAUUUGUACAAAACGAUCCUUCGUCUGCAGCGCAGAGUUUGGGCCGAGAGGCGGGAGCAGGUCCCAGAGGAAGAGUUGGCUCAGGAGUGGGGCCACUGCUGGCUUGUGGUCCUCUCCAGUGCCUUGACUUCUCCCUCCCCUUCCCUCCAGAGCAACGCCUCCAACUACCUCCUGGGCUGGACCUUGCGAGUUUUCCCCGCCUCUUACUCUUUGUUGGACGAGAGUUUUAGGAGCAGGGAGCCCUCUCAGCUGCGGGCCUGGGUCGCCUUGCUGAACGCCCAGAGGACGAUCUCAGGGGCCUUCCCCUCCAACGCGGAGACCCUCGAAAGGCUCCCCUCCUGCCUCUUCUCCAAGGAGGAGAACGUCCGCUUGGCGGCGCUGAGUCUCCUCUGCUCCGCCCCCAGAACCAACCAGGCCUUGUCCGAGACGGAGGCCCAGCUCCUGAAAGAAGCUUUGCCGCUCAACUUGAACUGCGAUUCCUCGUCCUUCCGGCAGCUCCUCCAAACCAUGGUUAAGAAGGCCCUGGUCAGGCUGAGGGACAGCUCUCUUGCCCUGCUACGGAAGCAGGAAUCAGACAAGAAGGAACGCUGUGGCGGGAAGGAUCCGGAAACAGCUUUGGGGCAAGCUGUGGAUUUCAUCGAGUGGCUGCUGCAGCUUUGCAUCUCCUCCCUGACGUCGGGCUCCAACUUCCAGAGGAGGAAAACCGCCCUUCUUCUCCUGGCGGCCAUCAUGGAGACCUGCACGGACACCUGGAGCCCGGAGAGAAAGAAGGGCCAGCCUCCUCGCAAUAUGGCAGCGCUACUGAGCUGGGCAAGAAGCAAGGGCUGCUGGGACUUUUUCUCGAGAAGCAAUACAUUGGCACUGCUGAGCUGCUUGCAGGACAGCACAAAUGAGAUCCGUGAGCUGGCGUCUGAGCUGCUCGUCCGCUACUUCCCACCUGCUUUCCCAGAAUCCAUUGCUGUGGCUCUCUUCAAACGGGCGCAGGAAGCCAUGUGCAGCCCCAGAGUCCCAGAGGCGGAAUCAGGAGCAGUGCUGAUGAAAACCACCCUCCAGAAAACAGACAGUCUUGCGUUGAAACGAAUGUUGCCGGGGGCAAAGGAAGAUCCGCCUGGGCCAUGUCUCUAUCAGGCCUUCCUCAAGCAUCUCCUUGGCGUGCUGCGGACACAUUUGGCCAGGGCUGGUCACGACUUGUUACUGGCAGCCCACACCUCACCGAUACAUGGGGUGAUUUCUGCUCUGAGGCAAUGUCUGCUGGAGGUCCCAGAGGUGGCAACCUCAAUGUUGAAGCCAGAGCAGGUGGAGAGCUGGCGGCUUUUCCUUAGCAGUUUGGUGAACACCGUGAGAGACGUCAGCAAUUUGCUUUUGGGAGUUUUGCAGAGCAAGCGGCCCUCGAGUUUAGACCAGCAAGCCGCAGCUCCUUCAUUUGCAGACAUGGGGAAUGCGAUCAGUUUCCUUAUCCAUAUGGGGAAGGAUCCUGGGCUGCCUAAUGAGGACGAUUCAGUUCUGCUCUCGGAGGAACACAGUCUGAUCCUGACCUGUUGCUGGGUCUCAGUGAAAGAAAUCGGGCUGCUUUUGGGAGGCCUAGCAGAGAAGAUUCUGCCCCUAGCGCCCCCGACAGGCCGUCUCCUGCCGCUCCAGGUUGUAAAGAUGGCCGCCGAGGCGUUCCAGGAAAUCUUGCUGACGUGCCGCCAUUGGGGAGCGGUGGAAGGCUGCAGCCUGGGAUUCACGAAAUUCUGUGCCACUUUGCUAAGCCACCCGGACCCAGAGCUCCAAGAUAUACCAAGGAAAGCGCUGGAGAAGGGUUUGGCUUUGUUAAGCAGCCCCAGGAACUGCUCCAUCACCCGCAGGGCAGCCGGCUUCCCCUUGCUCUUCCUGUGCAUCGUGGUUGGGGAAGACCCCUCCAAGACGCGUCCUCUCCUGGCGAACUGCAUUCAGAGGCUGCUGGCUUUAGCCAGCGAGCCUCUCCCUGGAGAUUGGGACCAGACGGUGGACUUGCCUCAGGUUUCGGCUCUCCACGUGCUGCAGACUCUGGUCCGUGGCUCCGGUCUUGGCACAGCCCUGAACCAGUACGUUACGCCCAUGGUGGUGUUAUUUCUCGAGGCGCUCCGCUCCCCCAGCUGGGCCAUGAGAAACGCAGCCAUCCAGCUCUUUGGUGCCCUGACUGUCCGUCUGCUCGGUCGGACGCGGAGCUGGGACGAUGGCUGCGAUCAGGACGGGGUGAGCCCUGAGGCCCUUUUCAGCCGCUACCCUCAGCUGAGCAGCAUCCUGCUCAAGGAGUUGGCCGUGGCUGCAGAGGAGUCCACAGGGGCCCAGAGAGGGAGGUUUCGACUCUGCCCGUCCCUCUACGCCAUCCUCACUUUUCUGGCAAAACUCCAGCCUGGUGGCACCGAUACAUGGAAUAGUGAUACCAACGCCUGCUUCCUGGAGCCCCUCGUCCGGCUUUCCGGAAACCCCAUACAUGCCGUGAGGGUGAUGGCAGCCAAGGCCUUGGUCCCGUUAGUUCCUGCGACGGAAUAUGGAGGUGUCCUCUUCCGACUGGCCUCGGGUUUGCCGCUUCCGGGUGAUGCACUUUUCCACAACGCGCUGCAUGGCUGCCUGCUGCAGAUCCAGGCCGUGCUGGCUCAGGCCCUGAAUGCAAACUGCCUUCCCCCCAGCGUGCUGUCCUCCAUCGCCAGCCAGUUGGAAGACCGUCUCUGGUUGCUCACCCCGACACAGCCAUCUCCCCUCGUUCGCACAGCCUACCUCCAAGCCGUUUCCCUCCUGAUUGGACGCUGUUCUCGAGAUUUCGAGCAGCGAGUUCGAGAGGUGGUGAGCAGCGAGCUGGCCAACUCUGAGCCCGUAGUGAAGCCUGGUGCAUCUCAGGUUCAGAUCGGCCUUGCCACAUUCCGCCAGCACGGGGCCUGCUUCCUUUGUCACGAGGCCUCGAGAUCAGGAGCUCCUGAGAGAAUUGGCGAAGUUUGCUUGCUCCUGCAAAGGGGCGACGUCGAUGUGCAAGUAGCCAUUCUGACCUGGGUGAUUGAAAAGGAGGAGGAAAACUGUCUGAAUUCUAGGAAGGAGUUGCAAAUAGUGUUACUGGAGAAACUUGGUCAGGUGCUGAAAGGAGGGACCAACAACGUGCUUCUGAAGUUAUACCUAGAAGCCUGUGUGCAUCUCUGUAGCAAGCUGAGCUUUCGGAGCCCGGCUUCUUCUCACGAGCUGUGCGGAGCUGUGCUCGCAGAGAGCAAGAGAGACCUGCUCUCCAUGGUGGGGAACGAUGACCUCAGCCCAGAGCUUCUGGGACAUGUGCUGUGUCUUACAAUUUUGCUCCUGACUCCAAGUACUGAGGAUUAUCCUUUACUGGAACAGUGGUGUGCAAUCAUCGACCAGUGCAGCAACCCCCUGUCUUCAGAGGUACUCAGAAUGGCUGUGGCAAAGUCGCUGAGAAUGUGUGGAGCCGAUGUGCUCUGGACAGCCGAAGAAUCCUCCAGCUCGUCCCUUCGUGCCCUGGCUCUACGCCUGAUUGGGGUGGCCGUCCGCCUGCUUCAGGACGAAGACCAGGAAGUGAGGCACGAGGCCUCCAUUUUUGCCAGCCUUGUGGCGCAACGACGGCAAGUGUCCUCGGGGCUUCCCCCUCAAAGCGGCUGCAUCUUGCUGCACAGCAACAAGAGCCUGGUUCUCCUAUUGCAGUUCCUGCUGGAGAAGUUUGGGGAUUGCCCAGAAGCCUUUUCAUCUCUGGUGUGUCACCUUCCCUCCAUGGACCUCGGAGUCGCCUUGACAGAGUUAGAAGCCAAAGGGGUCGUCAGUCUUUACAAAGAGGACGAGCCCAACGUUUACGCAGAACCAGUUAUCCUUUCUCAAACGCUGCUGCCUUUUCUCCUCCAGCUGCUUGGCAGAGUGCCCACCUCCCUGAAGCUCUGGGUACCGAUGCAGCACUGGCUAAAAGCCACUGGGCCUGGAGUCUUCUCCAGCCUCCAUCGCUGCAGGCUGUGGUGGAGCCAAGCUGACAUCGCUUCUCUGCACUUGAAGGCUCUGGGUUGUCCAAAAGUCCACGUUGCCAUCGCAGCACUGCUGGUCAAGGCUGUCCUUGUUUCAAACAUGCUGGAGGUCCUGGAAAAGACGAGUCAACCCAACGUCGAAGGAAUUGACUUCACUGCCCAGAAGCUGAGAUGUGUGGCUUUGUCUACUCAGAAGCUGCUGGCUCAACAGGGAAUGACUCUUGCAAUCAACUUAGAGACAGGGCAAGAGUCAUUCUGAUUUAUUUCUUUAGUGACUCACCAAGGGCUUUAAAAAAAAAACCCACAAAGGAGAAAGAGGCUGCUAUUUGGGAGAUCACCAUUGCACCCUCUUACCCAAAAUAGAGGGACUUGCUGCCCCAAAAUACAAAUUUCCAUUGAUGCAGGCUGCUUCCAAAUGGCCAGGACCAAAUGGAAUAGCUUUCCUUCCACCUAAAGAUGUUUUGGAGGUUUCUCAAGAUGAAAGGCUUGCAUGUCAGACCUCAGCUAUAAGAUGCUAUUGGGCAGGAGGUGGGAAGUCAAGCCAGGAAAGACCACGCAACAGACAGGAAGUCUCUAUGGCUCUUCCUGUUGAGGCCAGUCAGUAGCCUUGGUGGGUGGAAUCAUGCCAGUGCCUAGCGAUCCUCUGCUACAGGCAGGGAGAACUGUUGGUGCUCCAGAUGUAUUGAUGAACUACAACUCCAGCCCCAGCAAGCAUGACCAAUGGCCAGGCAUGAUGGGAGUUGUAGUUCAGCAACAUCUGGGGGGUGGGCAAAGGUUUCUCCUUCCCUGCCCUAAACAGUAUUGACUUCCCCCUUCCCCCCAGGCAAACGUGCUUUCAGGGUAAGGAGGGCAGUCUGCAACUUAACAGCCUGCACUUCUGUGGGGUAGGUUUUUACUGUGAAUCCAGCUCAGUAUUUUUCUCAGCUGGCUGCAUUUUCCUGCAUCCAUUUUCAAGGCUCGCUUCUUUGCUCUUGUUCUAAGGAGCUGAAGAUCCCGCUAGAGGGCUGAGAAAAAUAAACUUGUCAAGCGGAAUAUGAACAAAA